AUGUGGGGUGAACUGAUCAACCAGGGCCUCGAAAAAAACCGUUGUGUCGGUGGCUGUGUAUAUGCUUCGAUCGAUGUGUGCGGAGAGUGUCAGCGCCAGCGUCCAUCCAUCUCGUGUUGGGCCAAACUCACGGCCAAGAACGAGGCUGGUUUGUCGUGCAAACACCCGAGUGCGACCAGCAUCUGGCGGCUGGCCCUCGCUUGA